CGAUCACAAGAACGACAGGCACAAACCAAGGCAACCACCACCCACAGACAGCAGCAGCAGCUAUCCAUCCUGACGGUGUAAGUUGUUCAAGGAAGGAAGCGGAGCGAGGAAUGGCGGCGAGGGCGGUGACCAUGCUGGUCGUGGCGGCGGUCCUGGCCGGCGGCGCGUCGGCGCAGUCGACGAGCGGGUGCACGCAGACGCUGAUCGGCAUGUCGCCCUGCCUCAACUACAUCACGGGGAACGAGACGGCGCCGUCCAAGUCGUGCUGCUCGCAGCUCGCCACCGUGGUGAGCUCCAAGCCGGAGUGCCUCUGCGUCGCGCUCAACGCCGACCCCGCCGCACUCGGGCUCGGCGCCGUCAACAAGACCCGUGCCCUCGGCCUCCCCGACCAGUGCGGCGUCAAGACGCCGCCGCUCAGCAACUGCGCCUCCGCCCCCACCACGUCGCCGUCCUCCGGCGCGCCGGCGGGACAGACGCCAACAUCCUCCGGAGCAGGGUCCAAGUCGACGCCGACGGCCGAUGUGGGGAGCGGCAGCGCGUCGCUCCGGAGCUCGGCCGGCAUCGUCGCCGGGUUCAUCGUGGCGGCGGUCUACGCCGUGUCCGCCAUGACUGACGGAUCGACGGGUCUCUUCUUCUUCUUGUCAGUCGGUAGUGAUUCCAUUUGAGAUUAUACUGGGGUCCGAGGAUCGAAUUGGCGCGCAUACAUGUGAAUGUGAUCCAUGGCCGAUUCCAUUUGUUGUACCGUGAGCUUAUCUGCUUGAUUCAUUGUUGCUUUUCCAAUAAUAAACAUUACUACUUCUCUUA